CACCAUCAACCACUCGACUCUUCAAAAACUCUGUAUCUUUUGGUUUAUUCAGAAUCUCUCCCACCCUCUCUCUCUCACACACAUACAUACAUACACACACAUGGAAUUGCAGCAAUGACAGCCAUCUCCUCGUGCCGAAGAUUUCGUAUAGAAUUCAAAAGAAGUCAACUUUAACUCUCACGUUCUUCAGACGAUCCGCUUGAGACGUCUUCUACUCGCUUUCACUUUCUUCUUUCAACAAUUUUCAGAUCUGAAUUCCUCUCCGAAAUCGCUCCGAAGCCGGAACACCAGUUGGUUUUUGCGUAAUGAAGAAUCAUACAUCCUAUCCAGAAAACUUUUUAAACGAAUUUUUUAUACCCGAAUACAUUCUUGUUUCGGGCGGAAAAUUUGAGGUUCCUUCCGUGGGACCCACCUGCCCGACAAUAGUAUUUGUCAACUCCAAAAGUGGCGGGCAGUUGGGCAGUGAGCUUCUUGUCACAUACCGUUCUGUUCUAAAUGAGAAUCAGGUUUUUGAUUUAGGUGAAGAAGCUCCAGAUAAAGUGUUACGCAGAUUGUACCUGAAUAUAGAAAACCUCAAACUUAAUAAAGAUGCAUUAGCAACUACAAUAGAGAAGCAAUUACGAAUAAUUGUUGCAGGUGGAGAUGGAACUGCUGGGUGGCUGCUUGGAGUUGUGAGUGAUCUGAAGUUAUCUCAUCCACCACCAAUAGCAACCGUGCCUCUAGGAACUGGAAACAAUCUCCCAUUUGCAUUUGGUUGGGGAAAAAAGAAUCCAGGAACAGAUCGUGAAUCUGUUUUGAAAUUCUUGAAGCAAGUUAUGGAAGGAAAAGAAAUGGAGAUUGACAGCUGGCAUAUUCUUAUGAGGAUGAAAUCUGCCCCAAAAGAAGGGUCUUGUGAUCCCAUUCCCCCUUUGGAGUUGCCACAUUCUUUACAUGCGUUUAAUCGUGUGUCUGAUACAGAUGAACUUAAUGUGUCAGGCUACGACACAUUUCGUGGAGGAUUCUGGAAUUAUUUCAGCAUGGGGAUGGAUGCUCAAGUAUCGUAUGCGUUUCAUUGUGAGAGGAAAUUGCAUCCAGAAAAAUUCAAAAAUCAGUUGACUAAUCAGAGUACAUAUGCAAAGAUUGGGUGUACUCAAGGGUGGUUUGCAGCAUCACUCUUCCACCCUUCUUCAAAGAAUAUUGCCCAGCUUAUAAAGGUUAAGGUUAUGCAAAGGCAUGGUGGCUGGAAAGACCUCAAAAUACAUCAUAGUAUCCGGUCAAUUUUAUGCAUCAAUUUGCCUAGCUUCUCUGGUGGACUAAAUCCUUGGGGAACACCAAAUCAGCACAAAUCUCGUGAUAGAGACUUGACCCGACCAUAUGUUGAUGAUGGGCUUAUUGAGAUUGUUGGGUUUAGAGAUGCAUGGCAUGGGCUUGUUCUCCUUGCACCAAAGGGACAUGGCACCCGUUUGGCUCAGACACAUCGGGUGAGAUUUGAAUUCCACAAGGGUGCAGCAGAGUGCACGUAUAUGCGAAUGGAUGGAGAGCCAUGGAAACAACCUCUCCCUGUAGAAGACGACACCACGGUUGUUGAAAUCUCGCAUCUUGGACGCGUCAAAAUGCUCGCAACACAAAAUUGCAUAUCGAAAAGUGUGAAAGAUCCUUCAAUUCCACAUUCUCAUGAACAAGAAGAUGAUGAUGAUAAGUAUGAUAGUGAAAAUGAAGAUGAAGCUUCUACGGGUGAAGAAUUUAGAAAAUUUGGUGCAGCCGAUACAUUUAAGAUCCCGGAAGAUGUGGAUAUAUCUCGCCUCAGUUAGAUACUGAUAACAAUAGCAGAAAUGUUAACUAUGGAAACGAAGAUGGAACUUUGUAAUUUGAUUGGGUAAGCGAUUAUUAUAACAAAUUUGAAAAUUUGAAAAUUAUUGUGAAUUUGUACAUGAUUGUUCAUCGAAUGUUUGCUACUAUGGUUUGUGAAGGAAGAGGAGCAUCGAUGAAACAAGAUUGCUCUUUCUUUAAACUAGAAUUGAUUAUGAAGCCAUGCUUGUCUAUGAUGAGUGAUGACCCUAUAAAUUUCUAGUGUUUGUGUU